AAAAAACGAAGAGCGAGAAUCAACACUGGUAGAUGCUGAUGCUGUUAUAGAAUCGAGGUGAAUUAGGGGAAACGCGUUAUUCGGUGAGGGAUUUCUUGCCUCGGAGAAGAUCUCCGAGUCUAUCUCAGGGAAUGGAGAUGCGUACCGUCCUGGUGGCGGUUUGCCUGUUACUCGUUACUCCGAUCACCGGAUCUCUUUGGGUCGCCGGAAGUCAGGUCGUAAUGGACCCGAUGCUGGUGUGUAAAAAGACGCGACGACUGAAGGGUAAGCUAGCCGACAUUUGUCGGAAGGAGCCAGCGCUGCUGAAAGAAAUUGUGAAAGGGGUUCAAGUUGGCACCAGAGAAUGUCAGCAUCAAUUCAGAAACAGAAGGUGGAACUGCACGACGGUCAGGCGUUCCCUCAGGAAAAUUUUACUCCGAGACACGAGAGAGACAGGUUUCAUAAACGCCAUCACGGCUGCUGGGAUCACUCACGCUGUCACCAGGGCCUGCACCAUGGGCCACCUCGUCGAGUGCUCGUGUGACAAGACUAUCAGCAAAGGUAGGAGAAAUCGCGGUGGAAAAUCAGCAAGCCGAGCAGCUGAUCGAGCCAAAGGUCCUUUGGCGGAGGGUGAAUGGGAGUGGGGCGGGUGCGGGGACAACGUGAAUUUCGGUUUCAAAAAAUCCCGAGAUUUCAUGGACGCGCCGUACCGGAAACGCAGUGACAUCAAGACGCUGGUGAAGCUGCACAACAACGACGCCGGUCGUCUGGCAGUGAAAAAUUUCAUGCGCACCGAGUGCAAGUGCCACGGUCUCUCGGGUUCGUGCACCGUCCGUACUUGCUGGAGGAAGAUGCCGCCGUUUCGCGAGGUCGGCAAUCGUCUUAAGGAUUCGUUCGACGGAGCGGCGAAGGUGAUACCGAGCAACGAUGGUCACAGCUUUAUAACCGAGGGUCCGACGAUCAAGCCUCCCGGUCGUUUCGAUCUCGUUUACAGCGAGGACUCACCGGACUUUUGCAAGCCGAACAGGAAGACCGGCUCCCUCGGGACUCAGGGUAGGCAGUGCAACGCCACGAGUCCCGGCGUCGAGGGCUGCGAGCUUCUUUGUUGCGGUCGCGGUUACGACACGAAAGUCGUCAAGGAGAAGGUCAACUGUCAUUGUAGGUUCAAGUGGUGCUGCGAAGUAACGUGCAACACGUGCGUCGUCAAAAUGUCGGUAAACACGUGUCGUUGAACGAGGAUCUGGGUCUUCAGGUCGUCUGACCUGUAUUUCAGAAAAUGACAAAAGGAAAAAAGAUAAAUCGAUACAUAGAAAAUA